CCUUUCCAAUUAUAAAAUAUUAUUUUCAUCAUUAAUAAAUUCCUUGUUAAAAUAAUAAAUUAUUAAAUAUAAAUUCCUUGUUUUCCUUCUUUUUUUUUUCUCUUAAGGCGGUUAUAAAGUUUGAGCACACGCUUAUUAACAACUCCUCUCCGUCGUCAUCAUCGCCGCCGUCUCCGACGCCGUUUCCACCACCGUUCAUUCUCUUGCUUGCUUUUAUUUUUCCGGAUCGUCAAAUAUUUUCCAUGGAUAUGCUUUGUUGUUUUAAUUCUUCUGAGAUCAGUGGGCAACAGAUUUCAUGCACUUCAGGAAAAGGAAGAAGCACUCAAGGUCAAGUUACAUUCGGAUACAGUCUUGUUAAGGGAAAAGCUGACCAUCCUAUGGAAGAUUAUCAUGUUGCGAAGUUUGUAACAAUGCAAGAACAUGAGCUUGGACUGUUUGCUAUAUUUGAUGGUCAUUUGGGAGAUGCUGUACCUGCCUACCUCCAGAAAAAUCUGUUUUGCAAUAUCUUCAAGGAGGAAGAGUUUUGGGUUGACCCUGGAAGAUCAAUACCAAAGGCCUAUGAGAAAACUGACGAAGAUAUUCUGUCUCAAACUACUGACAUUGCCCGAGGGGGUUCCACAGCUGUUACUGCUAUUCUUAUUAAUGGCAAAAGGUUAUGGGUUGCUAAUUUGGGAGAUUCCAGAGCUGUUAUCUCAAGAGGUGGUCAGGCUCUGCAAAUGACGGUUGAUCAUGAGCCCAACACAGACAGAGCGACCAUUGAGGGCAAAGGAGGAUUUGUCUCAAAUAUGCCAGGAGAUGUUCCUAGAGUAAAUGGUCAGCUGGCAGUUUCUCGUGCUUUUGGAGACAAGAGCCUAAAGUCACAUCUCCGUUCAGACCCAGAUGUACAAGAUAUAACUAUUGAUAUCAAUGCCGAUCUCCUAAUUCUUGCCAGUGAUGGUCUAUGGAAGGUAAUGUCUAAUCAAGAGGCCGUAGACAUUGCAAAAAAGAUAAAAGAUCCACAAAAGGCAGCAAAACAGUUAGCAUCUGAAGCAUUGAAGAGAGAUAGCAAAGAUGACAUAUCUUGUAUCGUAGUAAGAUUUCGGUGAUAGAAUCCUCGCUCACAAGGUCCUUUAGUAAGCUGAAUUACAGGUGCUAGAUGCUAUAUUGCACACAACUUUGAUUGAUAUCUGCAAAGAUCGGGGGGAACGCUUACUUGUUUGUAGACAUUGAUUUUUGGUGAAAAAUGGUGAAAAAAAAAAUUACCCUUUCCCCUGGAAGGAAAAAAAAGUUUGAGAUUGAUGCAUAUAAAUUUAUUCUUUUGCCAGAAUGUGUUAUUCUGUCAUGUAUAAUUUGAUUUAUUAAUAACUGGAGGAAUGUGGGUGUUAGGUACUGUUCUGUGUGGCUUUAAGAAUAUGGAGCAAUUUCUUUCUUUCUUUGUUAAAGAUGAUUAUUAAGUGGAUUAAUGAUGUCAUUAUCCAAUUAGAGAGAUAUUGCACUGUACAGAUGUAAUGGUGAUUUGAUUUCUAUUAGUGAUAAUCUACGUUGACUAUGUAUAUUGAACAUCAA